UUGUUCAAAAAAUGACAGCUGUGAUACGACGACAAAGUGAUUCACUUGGGUGUACUGAAGCUUGAAAUUCCAGUUUUUGCAUAAAUUUGACCAUUUUUCAGGUCCGCAUCGUUUGAUUUGAUAAUCGCUAGAAAGUGGUGUGUAUUUUGUUAAUUGAACACGUAAAGUUGCUACAUUAGUGCCUGCGUAAUACAAGUCAGGCGGCUGAGAGUGCAAACCUGCAGCUCCCCAACUGAUGUCACGCGAAGGAACAGGAUUGUCUCGCAGCGGCAGUGCCAGUGGGCCACGCGAUUACGGAGCGACUAGUAGCAGUGCGGUGACCAGCAUGCCAGCGGCAGCGGAUGCCAGUAAUUUCGGCGGCUUCAGCCCGACCGAGUUCAUCUCGCUGAGUGAGUCCAUAGCGGCCAACACGAUCUUUGUGAAGCAAAGCUGGCAGUUUCUGGAGAAGGCUAACCGUACCGUGGGCACCCAGAAGGAUAAUCAAACGUUGCGGGAUAAAGUCCACGAAAUACAAACUGGAACGAAUCAAAGGAUAUCCACCACCAGCAAAGAUUUGCAGCGGCUGACGAUAGUCGUGCGCAGAGGUGAUAAGCAGCAGAAGCUACAGGUCGAGAAGUUGACAUCGGAUUUCACACAUGUAGUACAAAUGUACUACAAAAACCAGCAGGUCAUAGCGGCAAAAAUGAAGCAAGUUCUACUGGUUAACGCCUCCCAACAGGAUGAUCUUAACGCGUCCGGUUUUGGCGACAGUCAGGAACAGCUUCACCAGCGGCAACAGCAACAGCUACAGCAGAGUCUUCAGUUCGAGCAGGACAUGCUGCUGGAGCGGGAGAUGCGAUUCCGUCAGAUUGAAGCUGAUGUGUUGGACGUGAAUCAGAUUAUGGCAGAAUUGAGCAGUCUUACCAAUUUGCAGGGGGAAGUUGUUGACACCAUCGAGAAUACAAUAGAACACACGGUGACGAAUGUGGAAUCCGGUGCAACGGAGCUAGCCAAGGCGGCUGAAUAUCAGAACAAAUACCGCCGCAAGGUCAUCUACUUGCUAAUACUAGCUGUGAUAUUGGGCUUGAUAGUAACGGGAAUAAUCGUCUCUCGGCUCAAGAGCUAAAUGGCCGACGAUCAGUACUUGUUUCUGUUUCAUUCAUCGUGCAGUAUGCACAUAAGUUAUUUUAUCAAUCUAUAAUAUUUGUUCACAAAAGGGACACAAUUUUGUUGUUAAAUAUAAAUCUAGGUAAAAUAUUAUUUUCCAAAAAACUAGUAUAAUAUGUAGUUCGACUAAAAUCUGUUAUGCAUAUUUCUCUUUGGUUUCUAACAAGAAGCAAAUAAGAUCCGCCAUCAACCAUAUGCUGUUUUGAGUCUCUCGCGAUGCAACUCACAUUAACGAUACGCAGUCCAAUGUUUUUGUACGUUUGAAUAAUCAAAUUUAAACAUUUCUUGAGAUUAACCAUCAGAAAGGCAAGCUGAAAUCGUGACUUAAAGAAGCAUCACUCCUAAGACCCAGUGAAAUCAAAAGUCUUUUUUUCUAUCCUUUUAUCAGAGAGAGAAUUAAAAAAACCGAAACCGCUCGAUCAUUACUAUUUUUUUAACUAAAAGUUUAAACAUUCAAACCAGAGAAUUGAACCCAGGCGGGCUUUCGAUACCCAUUGCCUCUCUUUAUCCUCACUUAUCUGAUAAACCGGGUUUACCAGUGCAUUAAGGAAGGACAGAGAAAGGGUAAAAUUCGCAAACGAAAAAAGCAGUUUUUUUCACACCGUAUGUCAGAUCAUAAAAAUCAAUCCGCAGUACUGUAACAACGUUCUACAUACGCUGAUUGAUUUUUAUGAAGAUCUGACAUACGGUGUGGAAAAAACUGCUUUUUUCGUUUGCGAAUUUUGUGCAUUCUCUGUCCAACCUUAAAGCUGGUUUAAAAAUAAAAUGAGUGUGGAGAAAUCAGCCAUAACAGUGUAACUUGUCCCAAUCCCAUUUACUGGGUCAACUAUGGAAUAAGCCGACUUCUGUGGCUUAAUUUACUGUCAACAAACACCGAUAAAAUCAAGUAACGAUCUUUUUGUGUUCUUCUAUGUAAAAAAAAUUAUUGCAGGUCAUUCUGAUACUUUAGAAUUUAGGAAAAAAGUCUCAUUCAGAAUGUUGAGCCUUGUCGAUGUAUGUUAUCAGAUAAUAAGUUUCCAUUUCAUUAGGUGACCCCUUGAAAGACAUUCAGCGUUUGCUUAGCAACAUAUUACUAGUUUUUAAUAAUUGGGUAGGUGGUCAACAGCUAUGAAUAUAUCUUCAAAAAUCGUGACAAAUAUUAGCGUGACGAAUGAAAAUUAAUUUAGAGUCAGGUUAAUAAAAAUAAAAAAAGUUACAAAUAGUGGUUAUGACGAAGCUUAAUGUUAUAUUACAUAUUACACAAAUGCGAACAUAUUUUGAUUCGACAAAUCAAUAAUCAUCUAGACACAUAUACCUAUUUAAAUUUAAAUAUGUAUUGUAAUGAUAGAAAUCGACUUGAACAUUGAAUAAAUAUCAUUAUGCAACUGAUCACGUUGAUUCUAAUGAAUCACACAUUUCAGCCGCGCAGAAGUA